CAGUGAAUACUAGUAAUGAGUCGUCCACAGGUCCCGCAUCGACCUUUCUUCCAUUUUGGAAAUCCUUUCCAGAUGAUUUCGCUGAAGGGUUCUCAAAUGACUCCGAACCUUUCUGCACUGCUGAACACUUUUGAGGAAACAUUGGCUGGGAGGUUGAGAAAGCUCAACCCAAAAGAUAACAAUGAUGUCCUUAGCUUGUCAUGGAUGAAAUUGGCAAUGGAGUCGCUUUGUGGAACUCGUAAUGACAUAAAAACUCUCAUAGCUGAGAUUGAUCUUCCCGUGAGUGCUUGGGAUGAGAAGUGGAUUGAUGUGUACUUGGACAUCAGUGUAAAGUUGCUCGAUAUAUGCAUUGUCUUCAGCUCUGAGAUCGCACGCUUAAACCAGGGGCAUUUGUUUCUUCAGUUUGUGUUGCAUAAUUUGAAUUCAACCUCUUCGAAGCAAUUUAUUCGUGCCCGUUCUUCAGUUGAUGACUGGAAGAAUCAUAUUGCUUCAAAGAACCCCAGGUUUGAGAACUGUAGCACCAUUUGGGACAAGCUUGUGGAAUCACUGGAUCUACCAAAGGUUAAGAACUCAGCAAAAGGGAAACUUUUAAUGCGUGCUAUGUAUGGAGUGAAGGUGUUGACAGUAUCUGUUUGUAGUGUCUUUGCCACAGCCUUUUCUGGUUCUGCAAGCAAGUUGUUAGAUUUGAAUGUUGCCGAGACAUAUAUGUGGGCACAAGCAUUUAAUGACUUACAGAGUAAUGUAAAUGGGGAAAUUAGAAAUGUACUUUCUAGUGGUAGAGUUACGGUACUGAAAGAGCUGGAAGCAGUUGAUGGUAUUGUGAAGCACUUGUAUCCUAUGAUCCAAGAUGAUGUGGCCCUCGCAGAAGAAGAAGCAUUCAAGAAUUCUACUUCAGAUUUAGAAAGGAAGGCACAGAAUCUUUCCCAAGGACUUGAUCUUCUGACCAAGGAAGUGGAUGGGUUUUUCCAAAUCCUUUUGACUGGAUGCAAAGCCUUGCUUUCUAAGCUGAGAUCAGGUGGAGCAGUCUCUGACCAGAUGAUGAUGGGAAAUGUAGAAGGGCAGGUUGUGAGGUGAAUAGCAAAGCUAAUCUCUAACCUUUAUAAAGAUGGUUUUAUGUAUGUGGCUUUAAGUUUUCUUGUUUUUGUAAGUAUACCAUCUUGUAUGGCUAAGUGUAAUCAGUAUGUUGU